CCGUGGCCGACUUACUAGCAGCUGUUUCUAAUUAUCAGCACGUCUGCAAUUUGUAGUCCCCUGGAAUUAACAGUGUCCCCACUCAGGCACAGAAGACGACAAGGACACUUCUAAGAGAGUAUUGAAUUGAUUUGUUUACUUUUAACUCUAGAAGUAUCAGAAAGAGUCAUUCUUGUGUGGUAACAGCAGUGGAGACCAUCUACGAAGACCAUCUGACAGGCGUUCGUCCUACCUUUCUUGAAAAGACUGACUGAGGAUUGAUAGAAACAAUCACAUCGAGUCAUCCAUCCUCAAAUCCUUUACCAUUUAAAGUGACAUUUUCUCUUUAUCAAUCGGAGUAAUAAAGAGUCCAUUGUGACCAUUAGUCUGUGGAUUAAGAGCCUCUUCUUCACUGACAAGACAAGAACAAGGGGCAAUCUGUCUGUAAAUGGCCUUGUAUCCACAACUCUACCCUGUCAAGAAGAUCCAUCCAGAAAAGAUUAAUAUAGUUCCAUCACAUUUAUCCUGCUGAGGUGUCAACAUACCUGCGUCAACACUUGAAACAUCGAUACCACUGAGGAGGCAUCAAACAGUCCCGCUCUACACUAGAUUCAACAAUAAGGAUCUUUAGUAUACUCUGAUCAAAAACACAGUCCUGCUUUGAGAGACACUCAACCCCUAGCGCAAAUUACAGAUAACAUACGAAUAGAACAAACUUGAGAUAUCAAAGUGAAACAGCUUCUGCUAAAGCUCUGAGGUCAUUGAGGUACUGUGACUUUCAUCUCGGCAAGUAGUUCUGGCAAGUAUUCCCACAUCUUGAAAGCGGAAGAGACAAGAAGGUUCUCAGCUAAGUCUGCAGAGGGAAAAACAAACACCUGUCUGAUCUUUACGAUACACCUGUUGGUCCACUACUGUUAAAGGAUUCUUCACUAAACCUCUUGACUUGUCAUGGCUGACUGGAGCUUGCUGGAGAACUUUCUAGAAGAAGUUCAGGAACAUUCCACCUCAGUGGGAAAGGUGUGGCUCACCAUCCUCUUUAUCUUCCGGAUCCUGGUCCUGGGCACGGCCGCCGAGUCCUCCUGGGGUGACGAACAAGAGGACUUCACCUGUGAUACAGAGCAACCUGGUUGUGAGAACGUUUGUUAUGACCAAGCCUUUCCCAUAGCACACAUACGAUACUGGGUGCUUCAGAUAGUGUUUGUGUCCACACCUUCUCUUAUCUACAUGGGGCACGCCAUGCAUAGGGUCCGCAGGGAGGAGAAAAGAAGGAAAAAACAGGACGAUCAAGGAGCCCAGAGCGAUGGAGAGAAGUACCCUGAAGAUGAUAAGGAUUCUGGGAAGGAGGACGAGGGUGGAUGGGGGAAAGUGCGACUCAAGGGUGCCCUGCUACAAACGUAUGUACUUAGCAUCCUUAUUCGCAGUGUAAUGGAGGUGAUCUUUAUCGUAGUCCAGUACUUGAUCUAUGGAGUCUUCCUUAAAGCACUCUAUGUGUGUAGGGCGUCUCCAUGCCCGCAUCCGGUGAACUGCUAUAUCUCACGACCUACGGAGAAGAAUGUAUUUAUUGUGUUUAUGCUAGCGGUUGCUGCCGUGUCUUUGUUGCUCAGUAUUGUGGAACUAUAUCAUUUGGCAUGGAAGCAGUGUAAGACAUGUUUGCAAGGAUACAAGGCUUCCAAACAACAUCCCAAUACGCCUUCCACUGUGGCUGCUGUUUCACCAAAUACAUCUACGGCAAACCGGGCGUGCACUCCACCACCUGACUUCAACCAGUGCCUGGUGAUAUCACCACCAUCUUCCCCGACUAUACAGACACACACACACUCUCUCAUGCACCCCAGUUGCCCGCCCUUUCAUGACCGACUGGUGCACCAGCAAAAUUCUGUUAACAUGGCCACUGAACAUCACCAUGGUCAUGACUUCCUGGCAGUAGAUUUCUUUAAGAUGAGCUUUUCACAAGCAGCAACAGAGAUGCCCAACUCUUGUGCCUCUCCGUCAUUACUAAGUAGCCAAUUUGUUGAGGACAAGCGAAGGCUUAGCAAGAGCAGUGGGACCAGUAGUCGCAUGAGACAGGAUGACCUUGCGGUAUAGCACUGACCAAUCACAUAUGGACAAGGGAUAUUAAGUGUGACUAGGCAUACAUCUGCUAAAAAUAAUGUUGCACUUUAUCUAAUAGAUCAAUGAUAAUAUUGCGGUCUCAUAGACCGAUUCAGAAAAUCUGUUCAAAUAUUUGCACAAAUGCAUCAUGUGAGCAAUCUAGUUCACAAAAAAAAUAAGUCACCAUAAAAUGUAAAUAUAGGAACCUAUUUUUAAGAGCGCUAGCACUAUUCCAUAAGUCAACGGGCAUGGCAAUGAAGUUUUGGUAUUUUCACGCAAGCAUAUGCUAAGUCUAGGCGCAAGUGGGUUAGGCGAAAUAUCGCAGGCAAAGCGCUAAUGCGCUGUAUCAAGUGUAAUUCAUUUCUAAGGUUCUUCUCCAGCACCGUCUGCAUCCUAUUAUAUAGUCCAUUCCCUGUCAAGCACUAUCAAUAUAAACAAAGACAGCAUAUACAUAUAGAGUUGGUAGUGUAUAUAGACUGUAUGCAAUGAAUUAGAAAAAUCGAAAUAUGGACUCAUGUUAAGUAAUUUUUUUUUGUAUAGCGCUUAUCACAACAUGCAUUGUUUCAAAGCAGCUUUACAGGAAAUCAUGCAAUAAAAAUUUUUUUUAAAAGAAAUAAGCUGUAACAUCUAUAAUAUCUUACAGUGAUAAUUGUGUAGUUUGAUUAAAUGUGAUUGUAAAGUGUAUAUAGAAAUUAAAUAAUUAAAUAUGAAUUGUAUCUAGAACCCCUGUGAACAAGCUGAAGGUGACUGUGGCAAGGAACACAAAACUCCAUAAGAUGUUGGCUGAUGGAGAAAAAUAACCUUGUGAGAACCCAGGCUCACUGUGGGGCCAGUUCCCUUCUGGCUAAACAACAUGAAUAUAAUGCCAAUAUUAGUUUUUUGUGUGCAGUGCAAGUCAUGGUUUUACAUUUGUAAACUAAGUAAGCCUUAAGGUAAAAUUAUUUUAUGAACUGUAAGAUUAAUGACUAAUGUCUUUGAAGUCCAUCCUGGAUUAACUGCAGAAGUUUACAUAGAUGCAUUGCCCUUUGUUAGUUGGCUGAUGAAGGCUUUUGUUGGCAAUUAAACAAUGGUCUAUGUAUUCUGUUUCAAGAGUGUAGUCGCAGUUCAACCUGCAGGUCAUUUCUGUGAGGUUCGAUGGGGUCCAUCCUAAGUCCAAGGUUCAGGCAGUGGUAUAUUAUAUAUCCAAUGUCUUACAGUUGGAGUUGGCAUCACGUUGGGGCUACUGUGCAAGGCGAAUGCCACUCCAAAUUUUCUUUUUAGCAUUUUUUAGCAUUUUUUAACACUUAAAUAUUGUUAAGAGUGUAUCAGUGUAAAACAUGUAAUUUCCUGUUGCCAGUAAGUGGCGCUAUGGCUAUAACUGAAUAUUGGCAUAUAGAAGUGUUCAGGCUGGGACUCUUAUAAAACAUGUGAAGUUUGGAGCAGAUUGCACAUUUUAUUUCAUGGUGAAACAUCGAACUAUGUCAGGCUGCCACGAACACGCCCUUCAAAGAAAACUCAAAAGCUUCACAAUUUUGCAUCGCAAAGGCCUUUAGAUUAGACUGACGAAUAUGAUGUUGAUCUGAUUUAACCUCCAGGAGGAGCUCCUUAAAAUACGAGGCCUGGAAAUGGCAAAAACUGAGCAAAAAUUUAAGAGAAAAAAAAAUCACAAUAGCUGACUUCCUGUUGAGUUUAGGAUAUGGUUCUAAGAGACUUUUUUGUACACGUUGACAUGUUACAUAUGCCUACCAAUUUUUUUAUGUGUAGGUGAAACGUGGCGUGAGAGCUGCUUAGUUGAAAUUUUGUAGGUGCCACUAUUGAGCCAUUUUACCACAAUAAAUUCUAAAUCCAGUAUCGGAUGUCAAUUUUCCCAGCUUUUGAGAUGAGUGCAAAGUUUCAUGAGUUUCCGAUCACGUUUAGGCCUCAAAAAUGUGACUCACUUCAUAUCGAACUUUGUCAGGCCGCCACGGACACACCCUUCAACGAAACCUCAUCAGCUUCAUAAUUUAACAUCACCAAGGCCUCUAGAUUAAGACUGACUAAAUAUAAUGUUGAUCUGAUAACAUUUCUGGGAGGAAUUUGUUAAAGUACAAGACCAGGAAUUGGCUGUUGCCAGUAGGUGGUGCUAUGACUAUAACUGAAUAUUGGCACGUAGAUGUAUUCAGGCUGGGACUCUUAUAAAACAUGUGAAGUUUGGGGCAGAUUGGGCAUUGUAUGUAUGAGUCAUCGAACUUUGACAGACCGUGACGGCCACAAAAGCAUUGCAAUUUAGCAAUCGCCAAUGCCAAUGGUGGUGGGCUAAAGCACAUAUCUGUUAAUCAGAAAGUCGCUGGUUCCAUCCCCACGGCCACCACCAUUGUGUCCUUGAGGAUGGCACUUAACUCCAGGUUGCUCUGGGAGGAUUGUCCCUGUAAUAAGUGCACUGUAAGUCGCUUUGGAUAAAAGCGUCUGACAAGUGCAUAAAUGUAAAUGUAAAAUAUAAAUCUGAUGAAAUCUCUAGGAGGACUUUGUUAAAGUAAGAGUCCUGGAAAUGGCAAAAGCAGAACAAAAAUUGAAGAGAAAAAUAAAGAUGGCUGACUUCCUGUUGAGUUUAGGAAAUGGGUCCAAGAGACUUUUUUGUAGGUAUUUCGUUUUCGUAUGUGUUGGUGAAACAUUUUUUAGGUGGCGCUAUCGAGCCAUUUUGCCACACCUAAUUCUGAAACCCAUAUCAGAUGUACAUUUUUGCCAUUUCUGAUGUGUGUGCAAAGUUUCAUGAGUUUCUGAGUAUGUUUAAGCCCUCAAUAAUGUGAUUUGGGGAAAAAUAAACGCCUAGAACAACAAUAGGGUCCCCAGUCCAUUGUUUUUUUAAGAGAUGAAAACUAUUUUAAGCACUACUGAUUUGAAAGAAAUAAGUAAACUGAAUCUGACCAGGACAAGGAGAGAAAUUGCUAGCAGAGGUGCACAACAACAAGAGGACUAGUAAAUAGGAGUCUCUAGUUUGAGAAACAGACCCGCACAGGUCCUAAACUGGCAGCUUCGAUUACCAGUACAUGCCAAACUAAAACAACAAAAACAAAAAUCACCAGUUGCUUUUGAAACAGUGAAGACUCUGGAAUACUGGACUUUUUAACAGAGUUUCAAAGACAAAGUAACAUCUGAAAUUGGCAAAUAAGAAGAAAACAGUUAAAUGAGCAAAUUAACAUUAGUAUUAUGGAUGGGUGAGUCCAUGUUUGAGGUGCUGAGCUGUUGUUAGAAGUGUCUGAUCAUAAAGACUGUGAAGUGUCCUACAAAACAAUUACAUCUUUGUAAAGUGCUACAGAAAGCAUGGGAUGAAACUUAACUGAAUCUCUUAAUAAACUGACUGCAAGAAUCCCUAAGGUGUAAUUGCUGCAAGUGGAGGAUUCGUGGAUAAACAGGAAGUUUGAAGAA